AUGACGGUUGUAGAUGUUACUCCGACUCCAACGAGGAGCAGCUCUUCUUCCGACGAUGUUGCAGCACCGUUAUUGCCGACAAGUCAAGGAGACAAAGAUGCUUACGAUGAAUUCAACGGAGCUUCGUUCAGCGGCGCGGUUUUCAAUCUCGCCACGACUAUAAUCGGAGCUGGGAUCAUGGCUUUGCCCGCAACGAUGAAGAUUCUUGGACUUGUGCUCGGAAUCACGAUGAUCGUUGUCAUGGCUUUUUUGACUGACGCGUCGAUUGAGUUCUUGCUUAGGUUUAGUAAGAUUAAGAGAAGCCGAUCAUACGGUGGCUUGAUGGGUGACUCUUUUGGCUAUCCUGGGAAGAUUUUGCUUCAAGUCGCGAUUCUAGUUAAUAACAUCGGCGUUUUGAUCGUCUACAUGAUCAUUAUUGGUGAUGUUUUGGCUGGAAAGUCAGAAGAUGGAAUCCACCAUUAUGGUGUUCUUGAAGGAUGGUUUGGUCACCAUUGGUGGAAUGCAAGAUUUGCUGUUCUUCUCAUAACGACUCUUUGUGUGUUUGCUCCAUUGGCUUGCUUCAAGCGAAUUGAUUCUUUGAGAUAUACAUCUGCUUUAUCAGUGGCUCUGGCGGUCAUCUUUCUCGUCAUCACUGCAGGAAUUUCCAUCAUGAAGUUGAUCAGUGGCGGCGUGGCGAUGCCAAGAUUGCUACCGGAUUUUAGUGACUUGACCUCCUUCGGGAAUCUCUUCACAGUUGUCCCCGUUCUUGUCACCGCAUUCAUUUGCCAUUACAAUGUUCACAGCAUACAGAACGAGCUUGACGACCCUGAGCAGAUAAGGCCUGUUGUUCGAUCAGCCCUUAUGCUCUGCUCAUCUGUUUACAUAAUGACGAGCAUCUUCGGGUUCCUCUUGUUCGGCGACGAUACUCUUGAUGAUGUUCUUGCGAACUUUGACACCGAUCUCGGAAUCCCUUUUGGCUCUUUCCUUAAUGAUGCGGUUCGCGUUAGCUAUGCGCUUCAUCUGAUGCUUGUGUUCCCGAUUGUUUUCUACCCUCUGAGGAUUAACAUUGACGGGCUCUUGUUCCCUUCUGCUCCAUCGUUAAGCACCUCAAAUGUAAGGUUCGGUUGCCUCACUGCUGGUCUCAUCUCUGUGAUCUUCUUGGGUGCAAACUUCAUCCCAAGCAUUUGGGAUGCUUUCCAAUUCACUGGAGCAACUGCUGCUGUUUGUCUCGGCUUCAUAUUCCCAGCUUCUAUCAUACUAAAGGAUCGUCAUAGCAGAGCAACAGGCAGGGACACGACCUUGGCUAUUUUCAUGAUCGUUCUUGCUGUAUUGUCGAAUGCAAUCGCCAUUUACAGCGAUGCUUAUGCGUUGUUCAAGAAGAACGCGCCUCGUCAGUGA